AUGUUCCCGGGUGGAGCAUCUCGCUGCACAAAAGCGAAGCACUUGAAGCCAGGCUCAGGCCGACUCAAAGCGGGGACAGGAGAGCGCGACACGGCCUGUUCUGGGUCAGGGCGGUCGGGUUCGGGUGUGCGCGGGUGUGCGGAUAUGUGGGGAGAGAGCGCAGAGCAGAGGAGCGGGCAGAGAGCAGAGGCUGAGGCAGGGAACACUCACCUCGGGUCCGACAGAAGCCAUGGACCAGACCAAACCUCGCUGGACCAGACCUCACGGACCCUGCCUCACGGACCCUGCAGUUUCACCGUAACUUUGGCGAACCUGAGCUGGAAGUUCACCAUGACCCAACAGGCUGCAGCCCUGCAGACCUACAACAACGAGCUGGUCAAAUGUGUUGAGGACCUGUGUUCGAAGCGCGAGGAGCUGAACCGUCAGAUCCAUCAGGAGGAGGAGGAGAAGGAGCGUCUGCAGCACGACAUCCGCGUCCUGUCGGAGAAACUGAGCCGCGUGAACGAGAGCCUAGCGCAGAGACUCGCGGCACGGGCCACGUUCGACCGCACCAUCGCAGAGACCGAGGCCGCCUACACCAAGAUCCUGGAGAGUUCCCAGUCGCUCCUCAGCGUUCUGAAACAGGAGGCGGGAAACCUGAGCCGAGCCACGGAGCCGCGACGCAAAGACCACUGA